UUGUCAUGAGAAGAUACUUGGCAUUGUUUCUGCUACUUGCAGCAGUUGGACCUUCCAUUGCCACCUUCGGUAUUAUUAAUGAAGUUUUUGGCAAUGCCAUUGACAGCUGGUUUAAUCCAAGAAUCUGCGGCGAUUGUCCACCAGUUCCGGACUGCCGUGUUCUUCCCGCCGUAAAUUUAGGUUACUGUUGUGGAUGUAGAAGAUUUCCAUUUGACAAUGCGCGUAUCUUUUGUGCACCCGACCUGAUUUGUCCACCAAACAGAAGAAAGUUGUGCGGAGACUACUAUUACCUCAUGGACUGCUGCUGUACAAAUGUCAUUUACGAUAAAUAAACGGAUUAAUGUUUU